AAUGUCAUUGAAAGGGGAGCGGUUACGGUGCUAAUUGUACAAUAGUUAGCACCGUCCUAACCAAGAGAAAAACUACUACUAGUUUGAAUUAGUAGUGAUUUAGCUUAGAUGUUGUAUUGAUUUUAUAAUAAUCCGUCUACUAGUUUGAAUUAGUAGUGAUUUAGCUUAGACGUUGUAUUGAUUUUAUAAUAAUCCGUAGUGAUUUCAUUAUUUUUAGUAGCGUUUUUGCUAGUUAUCACGGUGCUAACCCCUAUAAGUGUUAGCACCUAAUCUCAUCCCCAUUGAAAGUUGUAAUAAGAGGCAAUGAUUGGCUAGUUAUGAACAUGACAUGAAAACAUGAAUCGUAAUAGAGAUGGUGUAAAUCUAUGAUAACUUUGUUUAACCCUUUAAUGACAAUGUGACAUAACUUUAAUAAUUCUUUGAUAAUUGUUGAUGAUGGAAAUGUAUAUCGUUAGCAGUUGAACUAAAAUCGUAAUAGUGUAAUUGUAAAACAUUGAAAAGUAUAUUAAAAAUGUUAAUAAUGAUGAGAUAUAUAAAUAACAAUUCAUUUCAUAAACAUUGAUAAUGAAAUUGCAAAUGUCAAUCAUGUCAUUGUAAGUUGCCACGGAAAGAGAAUGUAGGCAAUCUGAAUUUAAAAUUUCCUUUUUUUCAAACGUAAAAUAUUACUUACGAAUUUCCAUUUUAAAUCCAAAUUUUAUUAACUAUAAAUAAUGAUAUUUAAUUAAUAUACCUUAUUUAUCACUUUAGGUGGUUAGACCUCAAUUUCUCUCUCCUUCUCUUAUUGGCCAAUACAAAGUUACAAACUUAAGAAACUCCUUAAGUUUUAGGCUUAAGGACUGGAUCUAACCCGAUACUUUUGCUACUUUCAGAUCAUCCGUUGAUAAAUAGGGCUGUAUUAUGUAGGAUUGUAGGCACGACCCUAACGCAUCCUAAGCAAAUAAAUACAUAAUUGUAUCUUAAAUGUAUACGCUAUUGUUUUUACAUGAUAUAUAUGUACUUGCUGUAAUUUAAGUGCCCGCGAGCGUAAUGGUGGGUAUUGAUUCUUGUAUAUAUAAAAACGGCCCCACUCAAACCCAUUUUCAUCCCUAAUCUUCAUGUCAGCUGUUGGUACCACUUACCACGUUGUGGUAAAUGUGCACAUGCAAUUCAUGGACGGCGGGACCAAAUUCUAAAAGAAUAAGACAAAUUUGCUGGCCUCCCAUCCCCUACCAGCGCCAAAAAGCAGCCGGGUAAAUGAGCAGUAGGGCCAUUACCAAUCCACGGAGCUUUUGGGUAGUUUGAUUCACAUUAAAAAAAAAAAAAAAAACAGACCGGCCAACUUCAAUGCACACUUUGCAUUGUUUGGUGAAAAAUUAGGUUGUCAACCCGCGAGUUGAUUCGGAUCCGGUCGAGUUAGUGAGUUAAGGGUUAUGGGUCAAUCGUUUUAGUCUGGUUUGGCCUAAAAAUAUGAAAAGAAUCAUUAUAUUGUAUCUAUCAUCGUAAAUUAUAUCAAAUCUUAUCUAACAUAUGAGUUAUAUGACAUAUAAUAUUACACCAAAAUAACAUAUUGUUGAUGUGACUUGAAUCGGACUAUCAGCCGCUACGACUGGUAAUCGGGGGUCUCGCUGCCCGGUCAGCGAGUGGGGUCCAGGGGCAACGCCCCCGGCCCACGGUGUAUGGGCUCAAUGUUAUUUGGGUUCGGGUUCUGGGCCUGGUCUGUACCGUUUCCUUUGCCAUAUUGGAUUAGGUUUAGACCCACAUGGAGAAGUACUAUAAAUACUUCUCAUACUCUUCUGUAAUCUGUAAUCUCCUUGAUAUAGUGAAACUGGCUCUCUCUCGCCCGUGGACGUAGCUAACACACAUCGUGUUAGUGAACCACGUAAAUCGUGUGUCGUGUUUUCGAUUCUCGCUUUCGUAUUCUUGCUUUGUCGAUUCCUGCGAUUUCCCGAUCCGUAGCAGCGCGUUUCUAACACAUAUCGUACUUAGAUCCAACAUAUAGUGAAAAUUCACACACACUUAUAUAACAUCAAUAUUCAAAUGUUCAACUUAGGAUUCCAAAGAUUGAUUUAGGCGAAAAGAAAAAUCGGAAAACAGACGCAUUUCGCAAACCAAAAAAAAAACACACAAUUUGACCUCCAACCCGGUACAUUUUAGCGGUCGAUCCGACGAGUGCGUGCGGCCUGUUUUUCUCACCGGGUCAGUGUCAAAGUGGAUCGACCCACGGGUUGACAGCCUUCGGUGAAAAUCAUAAUAUCUUCUUCUGAGACCAACCGUUGACUGAAACGACCAGUGGAAAGCGGCGGUAAAAUUUUUGUAAACGAAACUAUAUGAUAAGCUGUAACAAAGGGUAUAUAUAUGUAAGGCCAUAGUUCAGCAUUCUGCAAUUGGAGAUAGGUCGGUCAAGCAGCCGCAAAUGGCUUUCCCACCUGCUGCCCUGGAGUAGUAACUGGACACUAGUUUCCUCAUCAUCUUCAACCAACCCUAUCCUCAAUUAGCUCGAUCCAAGUCAAGAUGGUCGAAGAGCUUCAAUGCAGUAACAACCCAUUCUGCCGGUCGGGAAGAAGAUGAACUCCUCCUAUAAAGAUCGAGUCUUUGACACCCAAUUCCCAAGAGAGGAAAAGAUCAAGCUUUGUUCAUAUCUGGUACAGUAUAAGUAGGUCUACCAAGAAAAUUCAACAGGAGAGACUAACGAGUGACGUUUUUUUUUCCACAGAGUAGGGCCAUGAACGACGACACCUCCAUAACCCACCAAAAAUAAAACUAGAGGAAGCAUAGCCAAAAGACUUCCAAGUUCCAACCAAGUCCCGCCAUUGACUUGCUUCCACAAUAUCAUCCAUGGCCUGCAAUUCACCACCACCCAUUUCACUCCAAUCCUGAUGAAGCAAAGCUUCAAUCAACACUAGGAACAAAAGUAAUACGAUCUCCUUGCCUUGAUUCUCUACCUGCCGGGAAACGAUGAAGAAACAGGGCAUUUGCUCUGUUUUCCUUCUCCUCAUCUUCACCCUGAAUCCCUCCUCCACACUCUCCGCCGACGACUACACUCCCAUCGACAACAUAGUCGUCGAUUGCGGUUCCACAACCCCCGGCAGCAACACCGCCGACGACCGGAGCUGGGACGCCGACAACCCCUCGAAAUUCCUCCAGCCCGGUUCAGAGUCGGCUUCUUCCACACCAACGGAGCCUUCCACAAGGCUCGAAAAAGUGCCUUACCUCUCCGCCCGAUGGUCUCGCUCCAACUUCACCUACUCCUUCCCAGUCAACCCGGGCCAGAAAUUCAUCCGCCUCUACUUCUUCCCGGCGACAUACUCCCCUGAUUUCAACAAAUCCGCCGCCUCCUUCUCCGUCGUCGCCGGCCAAUUCGCCCUCCUCGACAGCUUCAUCCCGGAUCUCCACCCUCUAUCGACAAAGGAGGACGGAUUCCAGUUGGAGUUCUGCUUAAACGUGAACCCUAACCAGCAACGUCUCAACCUCACCUUCUCCCCAAUCCCCGGCGCUUACGCUUUCGUCAACGGGAUCGAAGUCGUCUCCAUGCCCACAAAUCUCUACUACUCCAACGCCGACGCUGGGCUCAACAUCAUCGGCAACGGCAAUCAGCAGGGCAGCAUCCGAAACGACACCGCGUUGCAGCUGAUGUACAGAAUCGACGUCGCCGGGCAAGGAAUCUCUCCCGACGGCGGCACCGGGAUGUAUCGGCAAUGGAGCCCCGACGAUAAAUACCUCAACAUCGAUCCUCCUCCGAGCUCUGCUUACUACAAUGACUCGGUUCCCCUGAACUCCAUUUACAGUAACAACUCGAUUCAGCUGCAGUACAGAAACGAGAUCCAUAAGCUCGUCGCGCCGGCGACCGUUUACAGAACUGCCCGGGGGAUGUCGAACAUCAGCGAAUUGAACCUGCAGUACAAUCUCACAUGGAGUUUCCCGGUCGAUCCUUCGUUUACAUACUUUGUUCGGCUCCAUUUUUGUGAGAUUCAGCCACCUAUCAACGGCAGGGAUAACAGGGCUUUCUGGAUCUACAUCGCAAAUCGGUCCACCGGGUCUUAUACGGACGUGAUUCAAGAAGCCGGCGGGAAUGGAUUCCCCAUGUUCAAAGACUACUUGGUGAGAAUUGAAGCUGAGGAAGAGAAGAAGCAAUUGCCCUUGUUCGUUGCUCUGCAUCCUUUCCCAGAUAACAGCGCCCACUACAAUUCGAUUCUGAACGGAGCUGAGAUCUACAAAUUGAGCCGGUCGGAUAGUUUGGCCGGACUGAAUCCCGACCGCCUGCCCAACCCAUCGUCGCCGGAUCCGUCUUCCUCCUCCUCGACUUCCAGCCGGACUAGAUUAAUCCUCAUUGUCGCCGGCGGCGUCGUGUUAGGUCUCGCCGUGGUCUCUCUGCUGCUAUUCUUCGUCUUACGGCGGACGCGGAAAUCCAAAUCCUCAUCGAAUUACAUCGACGCCGGAUCGGCUUCCAAAUCAAUGCUACCAUACUCUUCCUUCGCAUCAACCAACCAGACAUCCACCUCAAAUCUCCCCUCGGAACUUUGCCGCCGAUUCUCUCUCUCGGAGAUCAAAUCCGCAACGGGAGGCUUCGACGACAACGUCAUCAUCGGAGUGGGAGGCUUCGGCGACGUGUACAAGGGGCUGAUCAAUUUCAACGGCAGCGGCGGCGGCGGCGCAACCACCGUGGCGAUCAAGAGGCUGAAACAGGGGUCGCAGCAGGGAGCAAACGAGUUCCGAACAGAGAUCGAGAUGCUCUCCCAGCUCCGCCACCGCCACCUCGUCUCCCUGAUCGGAUACUGCUACGACGAGGAGGAGAUGAUCCUCGUCUACGAUUACAUGUCUCACGGCACCCUCCGCGACCACCUCUACAACAAAUCUCAUCAAAUCUCCCCUCCCAUUCCAUGGAAACAGCGAUUGGAGAUCUGCAUCGGGGCGGCACAAGGCCUACACUACCUACACUCGGGAGCCAGCAACACAAUCAUCCACCGCGAUGUGAAGACCACCAACAUCCUCCUCGACGAGAAUUGGGUCGCCAAGGUGUCGGACUUCGGGCUCUCGAAGAUCGGGCCCACAGCCGGGGCGGCGAAUGCCCACGUCAGCACGGUGGUGAAAGGGAGCUUCGGGUACCUAGACCCGGAGUACUACCGGCUCCAACGGCUGACGGAGAAAUCGGACGUCUACUCCUUUGGAAUAGUCCUGUGGGAAGUCCUGACCGCGCGGCCGCCGGUGAAUCGGGCGGGGGGAAACGACAAGAGGAAGAUGGUGAGCUUGGCUGAACUGGCGAGGCAGUGUUGCAAGAAGGGCAGAGUGGCGGAAAUUGUGGACCGGGAUCUGGACGGGGAGAUUGCGCCGGAGUGUCUGAAGAAGUUCGCGGAGGUGGCGAUGAGCUGCUUGGUGGAGAACGGAAUCGACAGGCCGUCGAUGGGGGAUGUGGUUUGGGGGCUGGAGUUCGCCAAGGAGUUGCAAUGCGGCAGCGAGGAGCGGGUGAAGUUGUUGGCGAGCGGCGGCGAUGGGGUUGAAGAGAUGCGAGGCUACUCUUCUUCGAUGGAAGGGAGGAAGAGCAGUGGUGGUUCGGGUAUGUUCACGACGAACAGUGAGAUUGAUUUGGGGUCGGGGGUGAACGGGAUGAUGGUUAUUACGAGUGGCACUAUGACGAGCGUUGAAGAGAGUCCAACAACCAAUCAUGAAUACUCCGAAGAUUCUUUGUUGGGGUCGAAUCUAGUUUUCUCCGAAAUUUUGGAUCCAAAGGCUCGUUGAAGUUCUUUUUGACUAAUUUGAUAAGGGCCUCUUCAUGGAGGCUGACAAGUCAUGUAGUUGUGAUGAUCAAGUUACUAUCUAUAUGUAAUGUAGUCAAAAGUGAGUUUUUACGAAGUCACAGUAUUGACGAGUUUUAGAUCGAGAGUGAAUUUUGUCCGCUUUAAUGUUUUUUAUUUCUCCUUUUUCUUUUGGUUGAGAAUGACAACUGAAACCAGACCGGAUGCUAACGAGUUUUGUAUCGAGAAUACGUUUUACCUGCUUUUAGAAUUGGCAUGUGUUUUCACAAAAAAAAAAAUAUAUUGGCAUGUUGAGCGGAGUGUGAAUUGUUAGAAACUUGGUUCGAACCAGUCACGACGAGUUGAGCUCGUGUGCAAAGUUUUUGGUAGGGAGCGAGUUUUAUUCGCUUAAGUGUUUUUUUUAUUUAUCCUUUUCCUUUUGGUUGAGCACCCAAAGCUAUAGGUAUCCAAUCUAUUCAACAUUGUCAAAACAACUUGAACCCGGUAUUUACAAGUUUUCAAGCGGGAGUGAGUUUUAUUUUCUUUUGUAAUUGACGAGUUGGGUCGGUUGUAAAUUAGUAACAAACUCGGUUCAACCCGAUCAACGAAAGUUGAACAUGACGUUGCCGAGUUUUGGAUCGUGAGCGUGUUUUAUACGCUUUAGUGUUUGUUAAUUUCUCUUUUUCUCUUUGGUCUUCCAAAGAACAAGGCUUAUUUCGAAUAAGUCAAUUUAUUGGGGAUGAUAUUGAACCCAAAUUCAUGGGUAUUCAACCUAAUUCAAUUUGACCAAAGUGAGUUGAAUCUCGUCAAACAUGAAAUCAGUCCCACAAAUCCAUAAAAAGGAGAAUCAUGAUGAACUUUAAAAAAAACAACGCAAAAACAAUACAAAUUAAUAAAUAAUGUUACGAGAGAAAAUUAAACAUAAAAAUAAUUUGUUUGACGUCAAUUUUCUCUUAUCGAAGUUCAUAGUUGUGUCGAUUGCGUUGAUUACAUGGAGUUGUAUAUGACAACCCUUUUAUUUUUGGAUCAAAAGUUAAAUUAUUAAUUUUUAAAAUAUCACGUUCUUGUUCACUCGCGAUAGCGAGCUUGUAUAAUUAACGAGAGAAAGACAAGGCAGGGUCACGAGCUGAGCUUUCCAGCAGUAGGUGGAAAUUUGGAAUAAUAAUUGAUACAGAGUGGGUCAAUCGCUACCAAACCCCAUGAGCAAGACGAAUCCUUCCGCAGUUUGGUUGGCGGCUGCCGUCGUUCUCUGCGCUACCAACUUCCUUCCGCGAUGCGGAGCUAGCACCUGCCGGCAUGGCCGACGCCAUUGACGACGAUGAGUUCCUGAUGGAGUCAGGGAGCAGCAGCCAGUCGCUGAGGAUGUUGCAGGCAGGAAGCCAGAACGUGUAUAAAUCAAUCACCCGUAACCAGCCGGCUUACGUCAUAGAUGGAUUUGGUGUUUACUUUGUUUUACCCUACCAUACCUAUAGGUCGAGCUGGAGACAUCGGGUACCGGUGUAGAUGGUUUUCGUGCUAUGAAAUGGUUUGAACCACGAUUUUAGUACAAAAUAUUUUAAUUAUGAUUUUUUCCGGUAUGAUGUUCGAUACGGUUUCAUAAUCGUCAUUUUAAACAUGAGAUUUAUGUCAAAAUGAUGUCAAUCAUCACUUAUGAUGUGAUGAACAAUAACGCACAUGAAUUUGC